UGCUGCAGCCGAUUUUUUUGAGAUUUUGCAAAUGCUUUACAAGUUUUUUUCUGGGUCUGUUGUUCAUGAUCUUUUUUUGAAGAAGCAGGAGGAACUUGUGUCGGCGGGACAGUGCCUAGAGCUUAAAAGACUCAGUGACACCCGCUGGGCAUGCCAGUAUGAUUCCAUACGUGCUGUCAAAAAAACUCUCCCAGCUGUUAUGGCUACGCUGCAUGAUGUUGUUGACCAGAAAAAUGCUAAAAGGAGGACAGAGGCGAAAGCUCUCAGUGCACRAAUAGAUGAGAAGUUUGUUGUGCAUCUUGUAAUUUUUGAGGAUAUUUUCAGAACAACAAAAUUCAUGUCUGAUCAGCUACAGUCUUCUAACUUAGAUCUAGUAGCAGCAAAUGACCUGGCUCAUGCUGUAAUCACUGCAAUAUCAGAAAAACGCACAGAUGAAAAAUGGGAGACACUCAGAAAAGAAGCAGAAGAUCUUUGCUGCAACACAGGAAUAACAACAGAGACUGUACAGCGGCAGAAAAGACAGACCCAAACAGCUAAACAUCUGGAGCACUUUAUUGUGGAUGCCCCAAUAGAAAGAAAAGGUGCAGACAGCAUGGAUGACCUAAAAACAAGGUCAUUUUACACAGUUAUAGACAGGAUGCUAAUGGAAAUGAAACAGCGUUUUUCUUCAGAAACUAAUGAAAUACUGAAAGGUUUUCCAGCUCUAAGCCCCAAACACCCAUCGUUCCUUGAUAAAAAAUGGAUACUGCCUAUGGCCUGUCAUUAUGGAGUUAAUGAGGAGAACUUGUCAGCAGAGCUCCACCAGGUUCGUCGGCUGCUGAAAAGGAAAGAAGAACAUGGACAUAUAAUCAACAACACACAGGACUUCCUAUCUGUGAUGCAGCCCUACAAAGAUGCAUUCCUGGACUUAUACAAGCUGAUAUCCAUAGCUUUGACUCUUCCAGUAACAUCAGUGAGCUGUGAGCGCAGUUUUUCUUGCUUGCGUCGUUUAAAGAACUACCUAAGAAACAGCAGCGGAGACAGUCGAACAAGUGACCUGGCACUUCUUGCUAUCAARCCUUUAAGAACCAGGACCCUGGACAGUGACAGGAUUAUUGACGCUUUUGCCCUCAACCACAAUAACAGGCGGAUCGUCCUGUUAUGAAGACCUCUGAUGGUGAGUGAWUGAUUUCAACCUUCUCUGACUUUGUAAUGCAUUUAGCAUUYUGGACUGAAAUUGUCUACAUAUACAGAUAC